CCUUAUCGCUAUACCUGGGACCGUUUAAUGGCGUCGUGCCUUUUCCGGGUUGGAAAGCAUGGCUGGGAGAUACGGGAAUGAUUUCGGCGGCGGGUUCGGCGGCGGCGGCGGAUACGGCGGCCGGCCUCAGAAGCCCCUGCCCACUGAGCCGCCCUUCAAGGCGUUCGUCGGCAACUUGCCCGACUACACCGUCCAGGGGGACAUACAUCACAUAUUUCAGGACAUACCACUAAAAAACGUGCACAUGGUCCACGAUCGUGAGACAAACGAGUUCAAGGGCUUCUGCUAUGUGGAGUUCGAGACGGUGAAAGACUUGGAGCAGGCUCUGCAGGUGAACGGCGUCGAGGUCGACAAGCGUGUGCUGCGUGUCGACAUCGCAGAGGACCGACGGGAUCGUGGCGGUCGUGGUCGAGGUGGGCCGGGUGGUUUCCCCCGAGGCGGCGGUGGUGGCCGCGGUGGCUUCGAUGAUAGACGUGGCGGCUUCGACGGCAGACGUGGAGGGCCAGACGGCUUCACAGGAGGGUACCGCGGCGGCGGCGGCGGCGGCGGCGGAGGAGGAGGGCGUGACGACUUCGAGGAUCGGGGCGGCGGCCCCUGGGACGGCGGCCGCGGCGGCGGUGGCGGCGGCGGCGGCGGCGGCGGCGGCGGCGGCGGCGGCGGCGGUGGCGGCGGUCCGCCGCACAUGGAGUUCCGCGAGGCCGACCCCAGUGACGCGUCCCGGCGGCCCAAGCUGAACCUCAAGCCGCGCACGGUGGGCGCGCCCGUCAACACGGUGGCCAAGACGUCGCAGAUGAGCAGCAUAUUUGGUGGCGCCAAACCCAGGGAAGAGAACCUGAAGGAAAAGGAGAGCAAAUAGGGAUGCUCGCCACAGAUCUCGCCCGGCGAAGUCUCCUGUCGCUCGUGAUGGUGUCAGCUGUGAGCUCUCCGCAGCACAUCGUCGCCAUCUGUGGGCCGAAUGUGAGGCCCACUCUCGCGCCGCCGCCGCAGCGCCGCCUGGAGGCCUCGUUUGUAUACAAACGACAUGGCGGCGGCCGGGUGGUGCGUCGUUGAAAAUUGGCGUCUCAUCGAAGCCCGUGCCGGCCGAAUGGGGGCCAGCACGGGCGUGUGAGACGGGCGACCGGCCUCGUGCGGCCGGCCGGCCGGCGGAGACUGGAGUAACUCUGGUCGGGUCGCUAUCGGUUUUGUGUUGGGUCGUUAACCAUAUGCCGUUUUCGUAUGCCUUCAAUAAAAUUCAUACCCGACAAAUCUU